AUGGAUGUAGAAUCACAUCUUCAUGAUGAUGAACAUCAACGUCGGCAACUUCUCCGGCAACGUUCAACACCGGACCCUGAUCAGACUAACCUUAUAAUGAAGGCCAUAAGCUUAACAUAUCAAAGUCUAUCCAAUUUAGCCAUUCUCCUCCCUACAGGGACAGUGUUUGUAUUCCAACUUCUAUCUCCAAUUUUCAGUGACAAAGGUGACUGUGAUGUUGCCAGCCGAUCCAUGACAGCAGGCCUUAUGAUCUUUUGUGGUCUGUUAUGCUUUCUAUUAUCCUUUACAGAUAGUUUCAGAGAUGAUAAAGGAGUAGUCCAUUAUGGAAUAGCAACCUUAAGAGGAUUAUGGAUCAUCGAUGAUUCUAUCACAAUUCCUCCUGAGGAUGCUUCAGAAUAUCAACUUAAGUUCAUUGAUUUCUUACAUGCUUUCAUGUCAACUCUGGUUUUUGCUGCUAUUACACUAUUUGAUCAGAAUGUGGUCAAUUGUUUCUACCCAACACCAUCAGAAGAGACAAUGGAACUCCUCACAGCUUUGCCAGUUGGGAUUGGUGUCAUUGGUAGCGCGUUUUUUGUCACAUUUCCUACUACUCGUCAUGGAAUUGGCUUCUCUCUCUCUUCUCGCUAA